AUGCUGGUAGCCCCCGGGGGUCCCAGCAGGCAGGGAGUCUUCUCACUGCGCCCAGGGAAGCCGCCCCUCGAGAACCCCAGACAGCUGCCGCUGGCGCCCACACUACCCAGCGCACCCCGCUCUGUGCUCCUGGACCUGCCUGUAGACCUCAGACUCCAGACCCGCUGGCCGCCUGGCCCCAGGAGACGCAUGCAUCUACGGACACAGGUGUGGCGGGAGUGGCUCCGGACUAAGGCUGCUCCCCAUCUGUUGGCUUAUCGCCCCCUCUGCCUAGCCCUGCCUCCAUGGUUCGUACCCAGACCAUUGAUUGCCCUCAUUUGCAUCAGCCUCCUCUACCUGCUGCUCCUGGGCGUGCUGGUCCGUAGCCUGGAGAACCCAGGCCUGCAGCCCUGGUACCCUGCACCCCAUCCUGUGAUCUGGAAGCUUCACCAGGGCCCCAGCCACAGAGGGUGCCCUGCCAUGAGUCAGCCAAUCCAGGAUGGUGGCAGCCGACACUCAGGUCCCCGAACACACCUGGGCUCCCACAGGCCCAGGGCCCCGCUGCUGCGGGUGGUGGACUGUGCUCUGGGCACCUGCCAGGUGCAGAAUCUCAGCCACUGCCUGUGGCAGCUUGUGAGACCAGCCAGCAGGCAGGAUUCAGUUCCUGUGGACCCUAACAGCCCCCAUAGCUAUGGCUGA